UCGGCGCAGGGCUCUGCUGACAAAUUGCGCGAAGAAAACAUACAUAAUUCUUCUUCACACAAGAAAAAAUUGAUUUUUAAAUUAAAUUUUGCACAAAUUAACGAAAAAAUGCAGCCUACUAUAGCUUCAUUUUUUCAAAAAGCCUCUGCUUCUAAUGGCAACAGUCAUAAAUCUAAAGAAACCAAACCGGCGGAAUCAAAAAAACGUAAAGCUUGUGUUAUAUCCAGUGAUGAAGAUGAUGAUGAUGUUAUACCCGCCUCACCGCAAGUCAACAAGUCGAGAGAUGCCAAAAAAUCUAAGGUUGAAAAAGAAGCCACCACUUCGUCGCCUCCCAAUAGAAAAAAACCCAAACUAAAUAAACUAAAAUCAUCACCAAAAAAAGACUCAGCUAUCAAACCGGUAGAUCCCAUGUCUCUAUUUGGUGGUGAAACUAAACGUGUUGAAGCUAAAAAGCCACCCAAACCUAAGGAGAAAGCUUUACUCGAAUUCGAAGACAAUGAAAUCGAUGAGAGUCUCAUGGAAAUCGAUUUGGAUGAAAGUGUUAUAGAAACUCGCAAAGAGGAGUCAAGUGUUAAGGAUAAAAGCAAGAAAUCGGAUAACAAACACAAAGAAGAAGCGAAAAAAUCACCCGAAGAGAAAAAGGAAUUGUCUUCGAAGAAAGAGGAGAAAUCUACUCCAAAGCAAACAAGUAAAAUGGAGAAGCCAAAGAAACAUUCACCUAAAGAUGAAGAUGAGGAAGAAGAUAAACCCAAAAAGAAGAAAACCAAGGAAAAACAUCAAGAUUUAGAAUCGAGUGUCCUUUCGGAUGAAGAACGUCAUGAACGUAAACGUAUGACAGCCAUGUUGUAUCAGAAAUAUAAAAAUCGUUCAACUGUUAUUAAUCCGGGAUGCAAAGAAGUUCCAAAGGGUAAACCUAAUUGUUUGGCCGGUUUAACUUUCCUUAUCACUGGUGUACUCGAAUCUCUAGAACGUGAUGAAGCUGCUUCAAUUAUUAAGGAAUAUGGAGGCAAAACUAUGACAGUCGUGGGUAAACGUUUAAAUUAUCUAAUAGUGGGUGAAGAUUCUGGACCCAAAAAACUAGCACAAGCCGAAGAGUUUGGUGUUAAAAUUAUCAGUGAAGAUGAUUUCUUAAAUUUAAUACGUGAAAAAUCAGGUCUUAAAAAACUUGAAGAUAAUGACACAAGUAUUAGAGAGGAUGAUGAAAAGCCCUCCUCCACUAGUCCCAAACAAAAGCAUAAGGAACACAAAGAGAAGAUGGAAAUUAAAAAAGAAAAAGAGUCACCUACUGAAAAGAAACCAAAAUUGGAUGAAUUAAAUAAUAAUCUCAAGACACAUAAAAUUAAGACAGAAUUGGAAGAAAAGAAAACAGAAAUCAAACAAGAAGUGAUAAUUAAGAAGGAAGCAGAAGUUAAACAAGAAUUCCCCAGACCACCGCCAGUAACAGAAGAUAUGAUGGCCUGGGUGGAUAAAUAUAAACCGGCCUCGGUUAAAGAUAUUAUAGGGCAACAGGGGGCCGCUAGUAAUGUAGCCAAAUUAACUAAUUGGCUUUCAAAAUGGUAUAUUAAUCAUGAUGGCAAAAAGAAAUUACAAAAACCCAAUCCUUGGGCCAAAAAUGAUGAUGGCAGUUUUUAUAAGGCAGCUUUGCUGUCCGGACCGCCAGGCAUUGGUAAAACUACCACCGCCACUUUAGUGUGCAAGGAAUUGGGUUUUGAUGCUGUAGAAUUUAAUGCCUCCGAUACACGCAGCAAACGUCUACUAAAAGAAGAAGUCUCCGAAUUACUUUCCAAUAAAUCUCUCUACGGCUAUUUCCAUGGCAAUAGCCAGGCGGUUACUAAAAAACAUGUUCUUAUUAUGGAUGAGGUAGACGGUAUGGCUGGUAAUGAAGAUCGUGGUGGUAUACACGAAUUAAUAGGUCUCAUUAAGGAGUCCUCUGUGCCCAUUAUAUGCAUGUGUAAUGAUCGUAAUCAUCAGAAAAUGCGUUCACUUGUGAACUAUUGCUAUGAUUUACGCUUCAAUCGUCCUCAGUUGAAACAAAUCAAGGGUCGUAUUAUGAGUAUUUGUGCCAAAGAAAAUAUUAAAUUAGAUUCGGGUAAAAUUGAUGAAAUCAUUGCUGCCACCAAUAAUGAUAUAAGACAAUCGAUAAAUCAUAUAUCACUGCUAAGUGCAGGCAAGGAUCUGAAUUUGGCCUCCGAUAAAGAAUCUACAAAAUAUGGUGAGAAAACUGCUGAAAAAGAUUUGAAAAUGGGUCCUUGGGAAGUGGUACGCAAGGUGUUCUCAGCUGAUGAACAUAAAACCAUGUCAUUUAAUGAUAAAUGUGAUUUAUUCUUUCACGAUUACAGUUUGUCUCCCCUGUUUGUACAGCAAAAUUAUUUGAUUGUUAGUCCCUCAGGAUCCAAAUCUGAAGUUCCUAAAAAAGUAGCUUUAACUGCCGAUGCUUUAAGUUUGGGUGAUUUGGUAGACAAAAAGAUACGUUCUAGUUCCGCCUGGGCACUUCUACCCACCCAGGCCAUUUUCAGCUCCGUAAUGCCGGGUGAAUAUAUGAGCGGUCAUAUAACGGGACAAAUAAACUUUCCCGGCUGGCUGGGAAAAAAUUCUCGUUCUACUAAACGUUGUCGUUUGGCUCAAGAAAUUCAUGAUCAUACUCGUUUAAGAACAUCCGGUUCACGUCUUUCCGUGCGCCUAGAUUAUGCUCCAUUUUUGCUUAAUAAAAUUGUUAAACCUUUGGUGGACAAAGGUUUAGAUGGCAUAGAAGAGUCACUAGCUACUCUUAAAGAAUAUCACCUUUUGCGUGAAGAUAUUGAUAGUUUGAUUGAAUUAACUACAUGGCCGGGUAAAAAGGGUGCCAUGGACAAGGUAGAUGGCAAGGUAAAGGCUGCCCUAACAAGAGCCUACAAUAAAGAGGUAUUGGCCUAUACUUACUCAGCUACAGCAGGUGUUAAAAAGAAGCGUGCUGAGGCAUCUGAUGAUAUGGAUCAAUUGGCUAUGGAGGAGGGAGAAGAAGGUUCUAAUGCAAAUAUAGAAUCUGAAGAUGAAAAAGAUGAUGAUUUGGAAAAUGAUGCUUUAAUUAAGGCUAAAAAGAAGACUGCAGCAUCAACUACUAAAGCUUCCACUUCAAAAGCAGCAGCAGCAGGAAAAAAGGCUACCACUAGCAAACCUAAAGCUGCAGCUAAACCUAAAAAAUAAGUUAUUCUUUUAUAUACUAUAAGCACGUUUAAGUUUUGUUGUAUUAUGUCUAUAAUUAUAACAGAAUGAAUAAAAAUUUAUUUGUAAUGAAA